UUUUUCGAUCUCCUAAUUACUAUUUUACAUUUCAAGCUUUUCUGCUUCCUCAUAUCUCUCUAUAUAUUGCUUCCUUUAGUUCUAAGUCAAGACUUUUAUAAUUAAGGUAAGAGGGUCAUCGUGGAAGGAUUUGUAAAUUUUCUCAACUCAACUCUCACCAUGAGGACCAGUUGCUUCCUAAGCCUUCCCCCUUUUACUUCAAACCAACCUUCCAUUCCCCCAAAACAUCCUCAACUUUCAUCGGUGAAGAACGAAGCAUGUUGGAAGAGGCAAUGCGUUGUGAUGGGAGUGGCAUCCAUUAUUGGACUAGAAAUGUGCAAUUCAGUGGCAAUGGCCCACGAAGCAAUUGAAAUCAAGACCAUGCCAUUUAGUAACCAAGUAGUAUCAAAUAGCAAUUCUUACGGUGGCGCCAAAUGGAGCGAGAAAAGAAUGUGCCCACCUUGGCAAGGCAAUUCGCUCGAAACGAUCGUGCCGGAGAAUCUUCCCCGGCCGUCGGCACGGCGGAGAUACGAGGCUGUUCGUUCCUCCUCCAAGACUGCGCCGCCGCUCUCCGCCCCGAUCAUAGUCCAAAGCAACAAGGGCAGUUGCUUCUCCAUGUGAAAAAUACUAAAUCAAAUUAAAUUUACUUGUACAUGAUUAUUGUUAAUUUAAUUGCUUGGCCUUUCACACAAACUUUUAAUUUCAUAAUCAUAUCCAUGUGUCAAGUUUUUAUUUCUUGGAUGAAAACUUCAAAAAUAUCUAACGAAUAAUUGUAUGUAAUGAAUAGUACUAGUACUGGAUUGGAUUUAUGCAGUUUUAGUGAUUGUAGUACAUGUAGUACAAAUUCUAAUUCGUUACCUAUCUUAAACCAUGCACAAGCACAAACAUUGUACUA